CACACGACUGUCAACUCACACUUCUUCCUUUCUCUCAUUUAUCGACGCCUAGCUUGUAUCUGAUAGGGAACGUGCAUCCAAGUUUUAAUCUAUAAGGUAAGGAAAUUCGCUUCUACUUUUCACUUUGCUCCUCUGAUUCAGUCUUCUCAUGCAAAUUCCGGUUUUAUAAGUGUUACAUGCCGGCGCAAUGUUUGGUGUGAGAAAAUCCAAGCUUAUAAUACGUAGCCUGUGUACAGACGUCCCCCAUCCCUCAGGAAAAAUCGGGAGAGGAGACGUCUGUGAAUCGCCGCCGUUUGUGUUCCAGUAUACAAUUGCAUAAAUUGUUUGUUGAUUUUUCGCCGACAGUUGAAAAGGUACAUUUAGGUCGAAAAAUUGCUCUGGCAUCUGUGCACAGGCUAGCCGAACAUCUUCACACAACGUCCACCCAAAAAUCCAGACAUAAGAUCUCUGAUUACAGUCAAGCCAGGUCAAGCGUACCUUCCAAGAGUUGAACCGUUGGUAGUUGUAGAUUUCAGAUUCAUCUCUGUGUGCAUUCUUGCAUGCGUAAUGAGCCGUGAAUUCACAGGCGAUUCAGUUACGAAAUUUCUACCAGCUCAGUUUCCCUGAAUUUGAUGUAAAUGUCUUCUAAGACAUUUAAUCCAUUCAAAGAUUUUCAAUCUGACCAAAUGCAGAGAAGUUCUCUUAAAAUAUUUGCUGCGUCAUUACGCAUACAGGAAUGCCAAUUUAAAUUUGACACCAGUUACAGGAACGACUAACGGAUUCAUUUAUACAAAUAAUCAAUUCAUUAAUAGAAUCUUUUUGGGCUAAGCUUGACCUGCCUUGGCUGUUAACGUUGGAUUUUGUAUGCCUUCUCUUUUAUUUACAAUACUGAGCAGCAAACAUCGGUGGUAACUUCUCAUGCCUUUUCGAGAGAGCCGAAAUACUAAUACUGGUAAACAAAUAUGAAUGUCCACAAAGGCUGACUUUUUCCCUGGGGAAUCUAUUCUGAGGUUCACUCACCAAUCACAACACCGGAAAUUAUAUACGUCAUGGCAUUAACAUUACAACCAAUCAGAGGCUGUUCCCAACAUUCCAGGGAAACGGGAACACGAUUUUCGUCAGCGAUUCACAGACGCUUCCUCUCCCGAUUUUUCCUGAGGGAGGGGGGACGUCUGUACACAGGCUAAUAAUACGUUGGAGGGUUUAGUGCCAAGGCAGCAUGAUUAUGAUUUGUAUCACUUUAUAUUAGUACUAAAUUACCACUGACUACGAUUUACAAGAGUGAGAGAUUCUACAACUUAUGUUUACGUGAAAACAAAAGAAUAGACGUAAGUUUAUGACCAUUUUUGAUCAUAGCCUGCGAGCAAGCUCUCCUAUUUGGGCGAGCGAAACGAGUCACGCAAGAACACAUGAGCGAGCAGCGAAGCCGCGAGGAGCUGAGGAAAGGAGAGCUUGCAACGAUCUCUCAUAAAAUUUUAUUUGUACUUCGCCCAGACGAAGGGAAAUAUCAUUGGCUGAAAAAUGACGUUCCGGAAAACAAAGUUGAUUGAUAACAGGCAAAGCUGGCACUCCCUUCAUCUGUGUGUCAAGUUUGGUUCUCGGGGAUCAGAUUGGUACCGAGAACUUGUUUCAGCCCUAAAAGCAGACAAGGGGGCUCGUUUGAUUUAGUGCUCCCAAGGAUAAAUCGGACCGAGUAAUGGUCAUGUUGAAACGCAGACCAUGCAGACUGCAGACUGCAGACCGUGCAGACUGUGCAGACCGAGUGUUAUUUUUUUUUACUUGUACCUUAAUUUUCAAGUAAAAUUUUUUCUAUAGAUUCCUGAAGGAGCGAGCACGAUGGAGGAAGGUAAGCUGUUUCUCUCUGUAACUGUAUUAUAUUGCCACAAUUAUUUAAAUUUUUUUAGUAGAAGAAGCUUUUUUAGGUUUAGUGACUUAAAAUAAAACCCUUUUCGGCUUCCUACAACGGCUACCAGGGAGACAUGUCCUCAAUUUCCUUGAUUGUUGAUGAUUGUCUUUGGUUUCACUCUGUAAUUCAAACCGGUGACUUGCUGUCAUUUCUUCAAAUCUUACAGGUACCGAUGUCAUCGUUGGUCUAAACAAAUUUUAGGAGCCUUAAAUGGAAGAAAUUGUGUCAAUUAAUAUUAUCAGGAUCAGGGGAUUUAUUAUCUAUUUUUGUACAUAUUAUUUUACAAUUGUAAGUAGCUUUGUAAGUUGGCCUUAUAUGUACAAUGUAUUUGUUGCCAUGAGUUUCCUUAAUAUUAUGCACUUGCUCAAAUUACUCCUGAAUUCCAUACAUGGGUUCAUAAUUUUAGUCUGGAAGGUUAAGCAAAUUAUAAUAAUUAUUUGGAGGGGACAUCAGGAGAGGUAGGGAGGAAGUAUUUAUUUAUACAGCUUUUUCUGUGUGUUGUCACAUUGUGUGAAAAUUGGCACAAAAAUGGCUGCAUAGGAGACUAGAGAGGAAGAGGUAAUGCAUGAUGAUUGAGUACCCUCCCCAGACUUUCCUAAGUUCCCUUGAUAGCCCUUGGAAAUGUUUAUUGAUCGGCAAACGUAUUGAAUCCUGCUCACAAGACAAGCAUUAAAUGACCUGCAUGUUAUCAAACAGUGUGGUUGCUCAAACACCUUACAAGUUUGCAGACACUUACAGGUUGGUUCAUGUAAAUCACCAUGUCAUCCAUUCAAGUCGAGAUUGUUGUCAUCACAAACACAUAGACAAUUGAGCUUGUUCUGCAAUCUUAUAUACAGCCGUUUUUGCUUCAAAUUUUUGAUGCAACGCAAAGGCAAAAAAAAAAAAGCUGUGUAUGAGACUACUUUUUUCCUACCACUUCUCCUGUUUCCUUCAAAUAUGGUUACUCCUUCACCAAACUAAAAUGAACCUACAGUGUAUUACAUUGGUAUGGAAUAAAAAAAAAAUUUUAACAAGUGUAAACUAUAUAUGAGUCCUGAGCCCAAAACCCUGAUAAUAAAGGCUAACCACAGUUUCGUCCGUUAAGGUUCCUAAAAUUUGUUUAGACCUCUCCACAGGGGUAGUCCAUGGACUAGGUCCACAGGAGUGGUCCAUGUCAAUGUAUACGUCCUUUAUUUAUUUGUACAUUAGAAUGCUAUUGAUAACAAGAACUAGAUGAUGUCCACUAACAUUAAUGUCCUCCGAGGAGUGAAACAAAAUUUUUUUAUCUUGUGUUUUCCGGGUAUUGGAAGAAAACAGACACUUCCAAUGAAACUGUCACCCUUUUAUUAUAUAAAGAGGAUUGCUUUAUAUGUUGUGCACGUAGAGAUAGUUCAGUGGGUUUUUUAAUCUCAAGUUGGGCAAGAAGGAACAGGACAUGCAAGGGCACCCCAUUUUACCUUGCACCCAUAUUACUUUCCAGCACCUGCUGAUAUGAUAUUUACACGUACGCAGGUGCUAGUGACAUGUCUAAGUGUUUUUAAAAGCUGAAAGUUGUCUUAAGUCUCAAAAGACCAGUGAGCAAUGGGAGAAAGGAUGCAUGCUACUUGAAAUUUUAGUACAAUAUAAUGUCAAAGACCAUUUAAGAAGGUCAUAAAGUAUUUUUUCAAGUGGUAUUGAAAAAUUGGUGCAUAUAUAAUGAAUGAUCAGGAUCAGUGCGGAGGCCUCGUCGGCUCAUGGAAGACUUCCCUUAGAUGAACAAUGUGUAAGAACUUGCAAAUCCUCACCAUUAACGUUUUUACCCAGACUUGCAAAAAAUAGUUGACUACAAGAGAGGAGCAAUGAAACGUAAAUGCAAUAUAUGUAUCCACAGAUAUUGAUUAGGGGCCAGGAAAUGGGCGGGGUAAUACACUGUAACCUUUAACUGGAAAGUUUGAUUGCAACUUAGGCAUAUCCUACUUCCACAUGAGCCUAUAUAUGACCUACGGACUCCUGACUUCCAUAACUUAAUUGCAUGAUCUCAACAAAUAGUCGCUACAGAUUGUUUGCUGUAGGAGCCAGGGUGGGGGGACAUGCUGCCUUAGCCUCUUCACAAACCCUCUAUUUUGCCUUUUAAGAUUGUUGAUUGCGUAGAUGGAAAUGAAAACCAUGGGUGAAAACCACAAGGGGGUAGGGGUGGGGAAAAGGGAAAAUAGAUGUGCAUUGUAGAAUUUUUUUUUUGAAAGAAAAAUGUCUGUGGAAAGGCUAAUUCUGCCCAGUUAUGCAUGAUAAUUAUACUGACACUUGAUUUAAUCCCACUGCAUAAGGUGAUGCAGAAAUUUACCUGAUCCCUAAAUAUCUUUGAGGUGACUUAUAAUAGUUUUACAGUAAUGGUAAUGAGUACAGUUGCGUAUAUAAGCUAAGAGAGUCUUCUCAUUGAUGGACGUGCAAGAGUGUUUUCUUUGGUCCAUUUUCAGACUUUGAAUGGCAGUACCUGUAUAAUGAGUGAUGCUGCAGGGAAUGACAGUACCCCAGUUACAAGCACCCAUGAGGUAAGAGUGCUGCUCAUUUUAAUAUGCAGUACCAGGCGUAGAUCCACACCAGUUUCCGCUGUUUCAAAUCAAUCAGAUUUUUCAUAAUAAAAUUACUUUAUUUUUAAUAAAAUAAUGGAAAACUUUCCAAGUCGAAAUCUGGAAAAUGGUUUGGACAAACUUUGUCCAAACCAUUUUGUUUUUUUUUUCAAUUUCCAGACAUGUAGGGGGAAAAGCUUGUGGCUUCGGCGUGACUUAUUAAUUUAGGAAAUUGGUCAGCUUUUAUCCUAGAUCUGUGCCUGAGUACACUGACAAGAAACUAUUGUUAAAGCAAGAUAAAUAUAUAUACAAAGCCUAAAAAUUAAUAUUGUAUAUGUUAUGCGAGAAUGAGCGCAAAGCGUUAGAAAAAAAGAAAGGAAUGUCUGUAGACAUCUUUGGAAAAAAAGAGGUUUAUUAAGUCCCUCCCCCAUGUGAACGCCUUAUCAGACUAUCACCUCCAUGUUUGCAAUUACCAUCAGUGCUAUCAAAGAUGUUAAUUGCUUACGUGUAAUUGGCUUUAGUAUCACUUAACAACACUUACGUGAAUCAACCAAGUUAAUAACACAAUAACAGUCGGUGUUGGGUGUUGUUGAAGACUGCCUCAUCUCCAAAAAAGCCAGAGGAAAGAGGACCCAAGCCAAAACAAAUCGGCCCAUCCAGUGAUUGUAGAAUAAUAUGUGGCUUCUGUAUAUUUGAUAAUGCUGGCUUAGCAUCCUGAUCCCUCAUAGCAACAGAGAAUAUAUUCAUUGAAAGUAUUCGCUUAAGUCUAGCCAAAAUGGAAAAAACAUACAGAUGUAUAUACGUACGGUGACGUCAUAAUCCAAUUUUCUGGCAUCGAUAGGUUUCUACCAAUUUCUAUACCAGUGGAGGCUGUGCUACAAAUUUGGGUAAAACUGGGAGCCCAUGGAUAGGAACUUUCACUUGUUCAAGUAUAUAAAAAAGGAUGGAAAAUCUACCAAUUUAUUAUUUUGGUCUGUGUAAAAACCAAAUAGGCUAACACUGAAGAAUUUAUGGCUGCAAAAAUGUCGAGAAUAUUUCAUGGUUUUGUGAUGUUAAAAGCAGUGCAUAUUUAGUAUAGAUAAUCACAUGAUUUUUCUCGUGCAAUUUGGAAUACAUAAGCACUUACAAGUAAAUUUUUCAAAGAUCAACAACGACUAGUCUUUGAAAAAUUUACAAGUGCUUAUUUAUUCCAAAUUGCACGAGAAAAAUCAUGUGAUUACUUAUUAAUAGUAUACACGAAAAAUAUAACUUCAACAACAAAUUUUGACAGUGCAUGCAUUUUUAGUUCGUUCAAGUGAUUGGCUGAAACGGACUACUACCUUUGUCAAAUUACACCUUUUUCAAGACCAACACUUUAAAAAUCAUUCAUCUAAGAACAUGGAAAUGUGCAAGGAUUGAUUUUACACCAGCCUGUUAAAGAUAACUUCGUUGACAAUAAUCAGCAAAGGUUAGUGUUUUUAGAAUCAUCAGUCCUCCAUUAUGAAAGCUCAGCAUUUAGGUACAAGAAGUACUGCCGUUUUGAAAUCAGGAAAAUGCUUUGAGCAGCCAAAGAUGAAAGACACUUGCUGAGUUGUUUAACGACUGUUCAUCAUUGUCUGUUCCUGAGACCCCAUCAUGGCUGGAUUCAUGAAGAAAUCUUUGAGAAUUAAAACCCGAAACUGAAGGAGGCAAUUUGUUUUCUUUUGACGCUGCCAUUGAUGGGUGAGUGGAGCCAUAGUAUUGUGAUGUCGGAAACUGCCAAUAUUUGCUUUUUCUCAGCGCUGGGGUUUCAUAAUUUCGUUUAGAUAUUGCACGAGAGAGUCGGCGUCGCUCUUCCUCGUCGGCUUCAUCGUAGUUGUCGAGGAAAUUUAUACUUCUGUGGCCUGUGACUUUGGUGAUAUCUGAACGUACAAUGUUUGCUUUCUUCAGCUAGCUGACUGUUGUUUUCCUUGCGCUUUGAUUCAUAAACUUUUUUCUCACUAACUUCAAGGCUAAUACCAGCUAUGGAUUAUUUUCAUUGUUACUUAUGAUAUUUUUGCCGUUUGAUUUAGUUUGAACCAGUUGUUUGUCAUUAAAUUUUCGGUUUCGUUUGGUACUGUGGUAGAAAGAACCAGACCAUUGCAUGUUUUCAUGCAUAGAGCUGAGGUUUUCACUCGACAAAAAACUUAAAGAGAGCAACCGGACACUUUUCUCCUCCAAUGGACAACACGUGUGGCUUGAAAUCCCUGUUGUUAUGAUGGAAAACUUGUAUCUUUGUGUAGGUGUCAUGACUUGCAUUUGGUUGUCACCGUUUUUGUUCUUUUUUUUUUACUUCAGCGUACGUAGUCUGUACUAAGUAGCAAAUUUAGCUUCUCUGGCUCAUUUUCCUUGAGUUUCUGGACAGUAUAUUUCUCUUACCCCAUUUUCAAUACAUUUAGGCAGAAAGACGUACUUUUUACUUUGUUCGGGUUUUUGGAAUAUUUUUAACUGUUCUAUUGUUGUUUGGCAUGCAAAAUCAAAUUGUUAAUUGCUGAAAACCAUGGCCAUUCUCUUAGUUUUUGUUGUUAAAAGAGCUCUAAUCUGAUUGGUUCUCGUUGGGUUCUUUUGUGUUCUUUUGUGUUUUCAGCCAAUCAGAAACCACUUGUAAUUUGCACUCGUGUUACAGGAGAACUGCACUCCUUUCUCAGGUGAUCAGAAUUGAAGUUCUGAAUUAGGUUAAUGUGAAAGGGGCACCAUUAAUUUUGUCAAUGUUUGGUAGGAAGGAGGUACCUUUUCUGUCAAAAAACUUUACUGAGUAUCCCUCUUCCCCUAGUGAAACCUUAAAUUUCCAAACGAAUUAUUUAGCAAGUGUCCUGUCAUCAAACUGUCUGGCUCUGUACAGUCUGCAAUGACUUUGUCUCCUGCACGAGGAGUGAAUGUGUUAGAAUUACAGUCGAACCUCUCGGUACAGACACCGCCACCUGGUUAGCUCAGUUGGGAGAGCGCCAGUCUGCUGAGCGGGAGGUCACGGGUUUGAACACCAGCCGGACCAACACUCAGGAUCUUUAAAUCAAUGAGAAGAAAGUGCUGCCUUUGUAAUGACAACUGCAAACGGUUAGACUUUCUAGUCUUCUCGGAUAAGGACGAAAAACC